UGCUGUGAAAAAACACCCCCCCCACCCAAACCUAUAUUUGCUACACUGGAGGGGUGGGGGAGAAAAGGCCCAGCAGAGGAUAGGAAAUGAGGAGGGUCAGCUGCCUUCUGGCAGUGGUCCUUUUCAUCCUUGCUGUGAUCAAUGCUGAGUGUGCCUCUAGACCAGGGCCCAGAGUGUGCUCCAUGGGGCUGAAGAGCCAGGUGGCGUCCUACCUCGUGUCCCAUGCCCAACCUGUGUACCAGCCUUACCUCACCUUGUGCCAGGGAUACAGGCUCUGCAGUAUGUACAGAACCAUCUACAAAACUGCCCAGCGCGUAGCGUAUCGGAAGCAGUCCUAUCCAACAUAUGCCUGCUGUCUUGGGUGGAGACGGGCAAAUGGUGCCCCUGGGCAUGGAUGCAGUAUAGCAAUCUGCCGCCCCCCUUGCCAGAAUGGUGGGAAGUGUCUGUCCCCUAACAAGUGUUCUUGCCCUUCAGGAUGGAGCGGAAGGAGUUGCCAGACAGAUGUCGACGAAUGUGCUGGAGGGAGACACGGGUGCAGCCACACCUGUCACAACGUGGUUGGGAGUUACCACUGCACCUGCCAGCAAGGUUACGAACUCGGUGCGGAUGGAAGGACCUGUGAGGCUCUGGGGGUGCCCACGGAUGCUGUGAGCCCUGCUAGUACCACCAACCUGAUGGUGGAGGAUGAAGUGCGGCAGCUGAAGACCAGGAUGGCUGCUCUGGAGGAAAAAUUUCAGCUCACGCUAGCGCCAUUCCUCAAAGUGGAGGUGCCAGGGUUGGAGGGGACCCCUGCCGACCCCAUCGCUCUCCUGGUGCACUCUUUGCAGAAGCUGGACAGAAUUGACUCUCUCAGUGAACAGAUCUCUUUCCUGGAGGAGCGGCUAGAGAUUUGUUCUUGUAAAAAUGAAGGUGAAGGAAGAGAACAGAAGGUUCAAAUGGAGCGGGACUCCUAGCCUCUUCUCUGUCACCAAAGUAUGCAUCUGUACAGCAACGAAUAACUUUGUGGACUAAAGAAGCAAAGUGAAGCCAUCAGGCGAUAAAGAAACACAGGAUGCCUGCUAGAAAGGAACUCUUAUUGAUGUCCUGAAAAUUAAGCAAGCUGCAGCUUCUGGUAAUAGAGAGGCUUGCAACUCCCAUCCCCAAAUGUGGUACAUAGGAAGCUGCCUUAUACUGAGUCAGACCCUUGGUCCAUCUAGCUCAGUAUUGUCUAUACUGGCAGCAGCGGCUAUCCAGGGUUUCAGUUCUUCCCUUAAAAAUUAAGCAAGAUUCUAGACCUCAUUGUUCUGUAUAAAGGACUUAAGUAGCAACAAAAGAAGCUGCCUUAUACAAAGUUAGACCAUUGGCCUUUUUAGCUCAGUAAACUACCUUGUUUUUGUUUUUUCUUUUGUUGGUGGAAGGAGAAGAGAGGUUGAAGGCUGUGUUAUCUUAAAGCAGCUUUGCCCAAACCUGAUACCUUUGGGACUACAACUCCCAUCAUUUCUAGCCCUUGAGCCAUGCCAGCUCUGGUGGCUGGGUGGCUGACAUGAGUUAAGCAUCCGGCAACAGAAUCAGGCCAGUGGCCCAUCUAGUUCAGCAUCCACACAAGAGCCCAGUGGCAUCUUAGCUGUGAUUCCUGCAUUGAAUUAGAUGACCCUUGGGGGCCCUUCCAACUCUAUGAUACUUAUGUUCUGGAGAGCUGCAGGUUCCACCCUACUCUGGGCCAUGCCUCCUGUUUUCUUCCGCCACCAUAAAGCGCGUACAAAACCUUCCUAUUUUGAAAAUAAUUGCCUAGAGAGAACUUAAUGGUACAAUUUACUCACUCUUCUAUCAAAAGUGCAAAGGCUUGGCACCAGUAAUGACCUGAUGCAAUAAUAUUAUUAUUUUCCUUUUGGAAAUAAGUUGUUCCCCCCCCCCCCAAUAAAAGACACACACACAAAGAGAGUUAAAUGCUAUUCUUUGGAAAGCGGUUGCAAUAAUGGGCUUAAGGAGAGGAGGUGGCAUAGCACUCAUGUGCAGAAAUAGGGUCACUGGGUGUAACCUCUCUUCAGAUGACAAGAAACUGUAUUGGGGGAAUUUACUGCCAGAAAUGGUGGUGGCUGCUGCCAACAUUCAGGGCUCCAAGUAGAUGAUUUUAAGAAAUCCAUAGAGCCUCCCAUUCAAUUUAGUGGCUGUAUACACACCCACUCAUAUCUGAUAAGAAAUUGAUCGGUUUGGCAGUGCCUGCAUUGGGAACUCCCUGUCUAUUGACACCCCAUGGGUGCCUGCUGAAACAUUGUUUAGACAAGCCUAUACAGAUGAUUUAGAAAGCUGGUGCCAGUUUUAGUCUCUUUUGUUAUUUUAGUCUCUUAUUGUUAUCUCAACUUUUCAAAAGA